AAGCAACGAUAAUAGAUCUUAAAUGAUUGCGCUGUUAUGGCGGAAUCUAUUUGUAGAUAUGAAAAGCUAUAUGAAGACGAGGAAGAUUCAAACGAGAACGCAGAAACAGAUACGAACGCGAUUUACGCGAAUACUUCAAUCAGAUCACGACCAGAAGACGGCAACACCAAACGUAACAUCGCUUUGGUGGGCGAAACAGAAAGUGGUAAAUCAAGCUUUAUAAACGCAAUAUUAGGGUUCGAAGAAGAUGACGAAAACGCCGCUGGAAUAGGAUUUGAAAAGUCCAACAAAGUAGAACCCUACCGCUUUCCUGACUCAAAUAUCACGCUAUGGGAUCAUCCAGGGCUCGACACCCUCUCUACCAAUCCCAAAGACUACUUUGCAAGAUAUUACGAUGAAAAAUUUGACGGUUACCUCUUAUUUAUCAAAGGAAAGUAUACGAUAACCGACAAAAAUUUGGCAGAAGAACUUUGCUUGAUCAAUAAACCUUUCCUGCUUGUCAGAACCUUUAUUGAUAACAACAUAACACGUCGAAUAAAAUGCUCCGCCAAAGUGAAAGAGAUACGGGAAAGGAUCAGAGAAAACGUUCAAGAACUUCUCAAAAGCCUGUAUGAUGGUGAUGUCCCUGAUAGCGAGAAAAAGAUAUUUCUCAUUAGUAAUAUGGAUCCAGAUAAUCCCGAAUGGGACUUCAGACGUCUCACUAACGCAAUUGUGACAGAAUUCAAGCAAUCUUCAGCUUCGACCAAUACGUCUAAAACAGAGGAUCUCGCUGAGGACGAAAAUCGUGAAAAGCAGAUUCUGUCAGGUCCAAUGAACCUCUCAGAAAGCUGGCGGAAUCUGCCACUUGUUCCAUUUUCUGGACCGGUUAGCAGCAGUUCUGAUACCUCCGAAGAAGGUUUUCCAGCAUUAAAAAAAAAGAUAGGUUUAGUUGGUGAAACUGGAAGCGGAAAAUCAAGCUUUAUCAGCGCUUCAUUGAGAUUGGCAGCCAAAAUUGCAAAACCAGGCACUCCAACACAAGAACCUGUCGGCUAUACUCAUCCAACGGAACAAAAUGUUGAAUUCUGGGACUUGCCUGGCCUGGGUACAGCAAGAUAUCCCGACCCUCAAUCCUACUACGAUCAACUAGGACUGGCAGAUAAGUACGACGCAUUUCUACUCUUCACCAAAACAAAAGAUAGUACCGACUGCAAACGUUUGGCGAAACGGCUUGAAUGCACGGGAAAGCCAUUUCUAUUGAUAAAAACUUUCAUUGAUGAAGAUGUGGAUAAUGAAAAGGCAAUGAAGAAGGAAAACUUCGACGAAGAGACGAUGAAGGAAAAAAUUCGUAACAAUCUUCUGGAAGGUUUAAAAAUUAAGAAGGAUGCAAUUUAUCUUAUAAGUAAUGAAAAGCCGUUCGACUGGGAUUUCCUGCGCUUGAAAAAAGAGCUUCCAAGUCGAUUGCCUACACUUCCAUUUGGCCCAUUUUUUUUCAUGUAUGAAGACGCAAAUACAGCCAAAACACGAAUGAACUUAGGAAUAGCUUUGCAAGCAUUAAUUGAGAAGUGGGAAGAUAACAAAUUAAAUAAAGAAACAUGUCUUAAGUACGACAACGAAAGAAACCAAGUUAAAAAGGCUGGGUUGGAAGCUUCGAUAGAGAUGAUGAAUGAACGCCUUGAAAAAUAUAAGAAAAUUAAGGUUGAAUUGGCUGUUGUUGGAAGAGCUGGUGUUGGCAAAUCAAGCUUUAUUAACGCCAUCAGAGGAAUCGAACACGGUAGCCCAUCUGCGGCAAGAGUUGGGGUAGUCGACGAGACAAUGAAAGUGGAGUCCUAUCCAUAUAAAGAUAAUAAAAACAUAACAAUAUCGGAUUGUCCCGGAUUCGGAACACCUGAAUAUGCCGACAACGUUCACGAUUACUGCGGCAAAAUCGGGUUCAAUACGUUUAGCGGAUUCAUAAUUAUUGACUGUGACCGGUUUACCAAUGAAUCCAAGGAAAUGGCACAGAAGCUUCUAGAACACGAGAAGCCUUUCUUCUUUGUUCGAGCGAAAAUUGAUCAGGACAUUCGAAACCAGAAGAAAUUCGUACAAAAAUCGAAUUUUAACGAAGUAAAUAUGUUGGCGAAAAUUAGGAACAACUGCAUUAAAAAUUUGGGGAAAGUAAUUAAGGAAAGCGAUAUAUACCUGAUUAGUAACCAGUUCCCACACAAAUGGGAUUUUCCUCGUCUGAAUAUGGCCAUCCGGGAUAAGCUUCCUUCCCGUGAACGAGAGUGCUUCCUCUUCUCGAUGGCAAACCUGUCUAAAGAAAUUUUAGUUGAAAAGAUUGCAACUUUGAGAGGGAGAAUUUACUAUGUUCACUUCAUAUCGCGGUUUAACAGAGCUCUCACGUGGAAGUCGUAUUGGCAGAAAUUUAACAAUCAACUUAUUCUUGGAAGAAUUCCAAUGUUCAGAGAAAAGCUUGGAUUUCCAGAAAUCGAUUCCCCAAAAUUCAAAGAAAUGCCAACCGAUCGCCAAAGAGAUGCUAAAGAAAAAUUCUAUGACCUACCAAAACCAGAAACAGAAGAUGUAUUAAACUGGCUAAAAAAGUUUGAUCGUGGUGAAUCCACCAGAGAGAACACGCCACCCUGGUUGGAUCCUGAGAGCUAUGAGUUCGUUCAUUCGUCACUAAAUCGUCUCUUGGAUGAAAUGGGAGCAAUGGCGUUUGGAAUUUUACGAGAUACCAUAGCAAAAUCACAGGCAGAUCACAUGGGUAUCGAUUGAUAAUUUGGACGAAACUAUUCAAUUUUAGAUAAAUAUUAUCCCCCCAAACACAGUCUCUGUUGCGUGCUUAAAAGACUAUAAUAUUUUUUGCUAGGUCGAUCACGCAAUUGAAAAUGUCGUUUUGUAAAGUAGAACUUAAAUUUUACUUUUUACUUUAAAUCUUUAGAAGACAUAUUAAUGCAAAGUCAAAUCAUGUUACCACAUAACAAUUUCAACAUACUGGCGUGUGUAAAAUACAUGAAACCUAAUUAAACUAAGAAAUAUUUAGGUGUUUUGUAUCUUUUUACACACUCGUAUACGUAUACCCUUUUGGAGAACGUUUUCACGCACUCUAGCCGAAUAUAUCACAACAGGCAAAUUGCACUUCACAGUCUGGCAGAUGAAAAAUUAAACCAGUCUGUUGCUAAAUGUGUCUCAUUCAAUCAGAUUGUUUGAUUUAAUUAAACAGGGAUUAACCAUAUUGUCCAGAGGCAAAACCCCUAGAUAGGGCUAUAGUUAUACUCUUAAAAGAGAGUUUAAAUUAAACCUUUGCACCCAGAUGUAUUCCUCAAAUUCUCUAAUUUAGCCAUCC